GAUUUAAGAAGGUCGUUGAGAAGCGAAAGUGUUGCUUUUGUGGAAGAAACCGAUCUUCCUACACGCGACAUACAUACGCUGGCUAGAUUUAUCGUAGUGAAGGCAUUUUUCUGGGAAUUUUCAGUAUACGUAGGCGUGCCUCGUGCGGUCGUCCAUCAGCGUCGAUCGUUCGCACGAUGUCAUUCUAAAGAAUUUUAAUCCACGCUUGUCGUUACGGUCAGACCCGCGCACCUCCAUUAACAUAACGCAACGAUACCGUACGGUGCUUAUCUAGCGUUGAAGUAUUAUGCAAAAAAGAACUUGACGCUAACACAUACAUAUACAUAUACAUAUACAUAUACGUACAGAAACAGGUAUACAUAAGUCAUAGCUUUUAUGCUCAGGUACCAACCGUGAUUCUUUGUACGAUCGAUUUAAAGAUGUAGGUGUGAGCGAGCGUGCAUACUUGACACUAAUCACUAACUAAUCGACAGAUAGACGAUUAUCUUUAACGCGGAACCUUUCCUAAUUGUAAGAUAAUACGUAAAGAGAUAAGUGGAGAAAAAAAAACAAGAAAAAGAAGAAGAAGAGAGUGUACAAGUUCGAGAAACAAUACGAGAGAAACAUGGCGAACCUUGGUCCCGUUCGUAAUAACACCGUAGUAUCUUAGCGCAUCGCUUGGCUACUUUUACCGCAGCGUAUAACGCAUUACUAGUCGAAUAAUACACCGUGUACAGAGCCCCCUUCGAUAUACACGUCCGGCAACGUGUCGACACCCUGUAUUACGGCGAGUCACUUCUCUCUUCUAGUCCUCCUAGACUCGAGGGCCCCACUCCGCUAAGGUAGGCGCUAAGACCGGACGGACUCAAGUUUUACUUUCGUUCGCGCAUCGUUCUCAGUUCAGGUUUACCCGUUCCUUGCGUUCUCAGGCAUACAAGCAAGCUGCCGGUGUAUUACUCCGGCCUUUCUUGCGAAAGUGCGAUACGUGCGAGAGCCGCGUGAAUGCCACCGUGCAUUUAGAACUACACAACGGUUCUCGCCUUCCGCGGAUUAACCCUCGCGUACAUUGUCCUCUUCUUAUUGUUCUACGUCAUCUCUGGAACAUCGAAAUCAAUCCGACGGCAUGUUGUUUACCUUUGCUACGCGAUUCCGAUCCGCAGAUUCUUCGCGUUGCUGGCGCUCGCUGAGAGUACGACCUUGCCGCCGAAGAUGCUACAAGAUUUGGGUAGGCGUACGAAUGCCUCGAUGGAGAGGUACGAUCAAGCGGAACGUACGAUUCUGAACUCGAAGACGCAUCUGAGUCGAGGUUCACCCUCAUGGUAUCUUGGUGCUUCUCAUGAGAUGACCAAAGGUGCUCAGAAUCUUUCAAGGAAGGCUUUACGGAUCGAAACGAUGUCUGUGAUGUUGGUAGAAGCUUUGAAUAUGUCCUCGAAGGAGGCCUCAUCUAUUCUACCUUCAGUCGCUGCGUUUGGCUGUUCCGAUCCCCCAAAUCUCUUGAAGAUCAUGUCUGAAUGUAAGAAGAUCGAUCCACGAUAUAGAACACACACUGGAAGAUGUAACAACGUGUUACAUCCGACCUGGGGUGCUGCUUUGGAAGCCUAUAUCAGGCUUCUACCGCCAGAAUAUCAAGACGGAGUGUCUUUGCCACGAACCGAUUUACCUAGUGCCAGGGAAGUCUCUUCCAAUGUUCACUCGGGUGGUCAAGAUUUGAAGCAUCCAUAUCUGAUGGCACUUACAGCGUUAUUCGCCCAAUUUCUUGCUCACGAUCUAGCUCACACACCUAGGAUGGAGCUACCGGAUGGUACCAGAUUGAAAUGUUGCGACGUUGAUUAUGAAAAUUUCCAUCCCGAGUGUUUCCCAAUUCGAGCUGAUAAUGCGAUCGGCUGUAUGGAGUAUUCUAGAUCUGCACCACAUCCUGGUAAUUCCUUACAGGCUUGCAAGUUGGGUCCACGACAGCAGAUUAAUCAAGCCUCCUCUUACUUGGAUUUAUCUCCACUGUACGGUAGCUCGGAAGAAACAUCGAAAGCCUUGCGUUCGGGCAAAGGUGGCUUGUUGAAUACUCAAAGAAGAAACUUACCGAUGCCAUCACCGGAGUCUGAAACUUGUAGAAGCGUGAACAAAGCUUUCCCUUGUUUCCUCAGUGGUGAUUCCAGAGUGAAUGAACACCCUGGCUUAACACUGAUGCACGUAAUCUUUCUACGUGAACACAAUCGAGUAGCCGAGCAAUUGGCCAAAUUGAAUCCUCAAUGGGACGACGAGAAACUCUAUCAGGAAGCUAGAAGGAUCGUCAUCGCUGAAAUGCAACAUAUAACUUACAACGAAUUCCUACCUGUCAUACUUGGAGAAACAACUUUGGACAAAUUCGACUUGCGGCUAUCCCAUGAAGGAUACUUUCGAGGAUACGAUUCACGCACUGAUGCGACUCUUUCGAAUUCGGCAGCCUCAGCAGGUCUCUUUUUCGUUGCUGCACUCACACCAAAAACACUCGAUCUCGUGGAUUCUAGAUCUGCCCUGAAAUCUGGAGAAAGGUCUCUUCUCUCAGCCUUCUACGCACCUCAAGAAUUGUACGAAGCGGGUGCGAUCGAUCGAUUGAUAGCAGGAGCUACAGCGGGACAUUCUAGGAAGCCUCUACCCCCCGGCUUGAACGAAAUCCUUCUGGAGCGAUAUUUCCAUGAUGGGAAAAGCACCGAUGUGGCCGUUGAUUAUGCUGCUCAAAUCAUCCAACAGGGCAGAGAUCAUGGUUUACCAUCUUACGUCAAAUGGCGAACAUUUUGCGGUUUACCAGACGUUACCAGCUUUCAAGAUCUUAAAGGCACGAUAGCCAAGGACAUCAUCGAAAGAUUACGUCUAGUUUACAAAAAAGUUGAAGAUAUAGACUUAGUGACAGGAAUACUCUCGGAAGCACCAGUAACUAAUUCGGUCCUUGGACCAACUUUCCUUUGUUUACUAGGACGUACCUUCCGAAAUGUUCGUUUGGGCGAUAGGUAUUGGUACGAAAAUGCUAAUACACCAGGAUCCUUCAUGAUAAAACAAUUAGAAGAAAUUCGUAAGAGUACGAUGGCACAAGUUCUAUGCAACAACGGAGAUCACUUGAAAUUAAUGCAGCCAAGAGCGUUCAUUUUGAGAGAUCCUUUCUUAAAUCACAUGACGAAUUGUACGGAACACGUAAACAUAGGUCCUAAUCUGAUGUUAUGGAAAGAAAAGGAAGACGCUUUUUAAGUUUUUCCAAUUCGAUCGAACGUAACAACCAUUGAUCGUGAUCACUAAUUCUGUUCCUGACUUUACUAGAGAAUGUAAGAUUACCUAAUGCUCCAGAGAGAAGCGCGUUGUGUUUUAUUAUUAUUAUUAUUAUUAUUAUUAUUAUUAUUAUUAUUAUUAUUAUUAUUAUUAUUAUUAUUAUUAUUAUUAUUAUUAUUAUAAACUCAACGACAAUCUCGUCAAGUCAGGGUAACGUCGUGUUUACUUACGUAUCGUAAAACGAUAUGUUUUGUUGCAUGUAUAAAUAUGAAUACCAGUUUCUCUAUCAAUCAAAGAAAAACACGGUUCGACGAAGGUUUCUUUCGUAUACACCUCGGGCAACCUGCCCUUUUUUCCUUGUUAUAUUAUGAUACUUUACUUCACGUUGUUAUUACGAUUGAAAAUUGCUUGACCGUAAUACCAUUGUGACACCGGAUAACGAUCAAGAGAAAGAAAGAGAGAAAGAGAAAGAGAAAGAGAAGGUCAGUACCAUUCUCCGUGAAGAAGAAUACAUAAAAUUACCUAGCAACGGAGCUACACCAAAUUGCGAAAUAUUCAAGACCUCUAUGGCGUUCACAUCCAUUAUUACUGUUAUUCUCUAUAAAGAACCCAGCCUUCUUUUGUACAACUGGAACGUGAAAUCAUUAAAAAGCAAUGUUAUUAUAGAAUAAAAGGAAAACAUUUUUACGUGCUUUAUGUUUAAUGUUAAGAAUAAGUAUAGCUGAAUUCCUGCAACAAAAUUUUCUAUCUCGAUAUAUUAGUAUUUACUAUUUUAUUUAUUUGAUAAAAUUGCAAUAUAAAUUUUUCAUAUGUUAUUUCUAUUGAUUAGUUACUGCGUAGACACCAUCGAUAGAGUCAAUGAUCUUCGUAGUAUUACGCUAUUCAUUUAAAAAUGUCUGAUUGUACUAUAUAUCACUAACUUAUGAAUAAGAUAUAAGUUGUAUGUUACCAAAUUUGUACAGUUGUACUAUAUAAUUCUAUCGUAACUCCAUCUAGUGAGUGACGUCAGAAAUAUCUUAUGUCAGCGCAGAAGUAUACAAAAACAAAUUGAAUGGAGAAUAUGAUAUUAAAGUGAAACUUGAAUUUUGCAA